UGUGCCCACGUGUUCCCCGGCUCCGGUACGGUGAGCCCUUCCCUCGCCGCCGGCGACGCCGACCAAACAAACGCGCAGUGAGAGCCUGAGAGGACGGCUACCCAAUCCGCAAGGAAGCGAAGCUCCUCUGCUCCGGUCGGAUCGGCUCCCUUUUCUGCUGCUUCCGAUGGACAGCGCCGCCACCGCUGCAGGAGGAAGUGGGGAGCCGGCGGCCAACGGGUCCAAAUCCGAGGAGCAGCAGUUCGAUCCCAGCCGAAUGGUCGGGAUAAUCAAAAGGAAGGCCCUGAUUAAAGAUUUGGCUGCAGCAUACCAUGCUAAGUGUAUAGCAUCCUGUAAAGAACUCCUGCAGCUUCAGAAACAGUGGGAGGAGGAACAGUACGUGGAAGCCAAAAUGCCCGAAGAACCAAGACUGAUUACAAUGAAGACCUCAACGCAUAGGAAGAAGUAGAUUUAGGAUAUUAGUUUCUUUUCAAAGAGCACUUUUCAGCUCUGUUAACUGUUGUGAUCGUUAGCUUGACACUUGACAGUGAACUAAAAUACAAGGAAACAUCGCUCUCAGCAGGGCUUAUGCUGUAAAGUAUCAUUUGCAUGCUUCCAA